AUGGUCAAUUUUAUUGCAGAGCUCACAGCUAAUGACUUUACUGCAAAUAAAGUAAGAAAACUUCAUACGAGAUCAUUUAAUACACAGCUUAAAGAUGCAAUUUUUGAAGCUUUUAAUACAUAUUUCAAGCCUAAAUAUCGAUACAAAAUGAAGCAUUCUGUUCAGGUGCUAUUUGAAAUUUCGAUAAAUUCGAUUUACUGUCUUCAACUCUUAACACUUGUUUUGCAUCCUGGGGUAGAUAUAGCUGGUUGAGAUCAUUAUACACUUAUUUGAUACAUGAUUGGGUGUUUUAGGUUCGAUAAUAUUUGUGCUGAUCUGGGAGUUCUGGAUUUUUGUUUUUAUAGCUCAGUCGGUAUGAUUGCAGUAGCAUUUUUUAGUUUAUGUGUGAUGUCCAUGCUGUGCUAUAUAAAAUAUUCAAUUCCAGGAAAUUUUGCAUACUAUCCUGGAAAAUUACUGGAAUUUUUAUCAACAAUUGGAUAUCUCCCUAUUUUAAUGAUAAAUUUAAUUGUCAUUAAAUACUCAUUUAAUCCUGGCUCAAAAAUAGAUGAGUACAAUUCAAACCAGUCCUUGAGCAUGAGUAUAAUUUCCGUAUUAUGAGGAAUAAUAGGGAUUUUCUGUGCAGUGGGUUUAUACGCAUUAGCAGUAAUUCAUGAACUCUUUACUUCUGAUAUUUGCCACUCAUUUGCCGAAAGAAAUAUAAGAGCCAGAGCUGAUACAGGAAUUGACAUCAAAGUACUUAAGCAUAAAACAGCUAUAGCUGUUAUUUAUGUCUUUGCCGGAAUUGCUAACAUAACUAUAUAUCAUCUUUACAUCAUGAUUUCAACAGGAAUUUUAUCAUAUCUGAUGUUCAAAUGUAGCUCUUAUUUUAACCCUUUUGUUGAUGCAUUAAAAAUUUCUGUAAUUCUUGGAAUAUCAAUUUUUGAUGCCUUUUUCUUACUUGCUUUGUGGACAGAUGCGGCUGGAGUUGUGGUGUUGUUAAGCAUUGUUAUUUUGCCACUUAUAUUUCUUGUACUCCUGCAUUAUAUCAGCAAGUUUUCAAAAAAUUAUGCAAACUCAUAAUCAUUAUCAUUAUUGGCUUAUAAAAGCUUUGUCCAAUAUGGGGUUGCCUUCCUUCGGAAUUCCUACCUUCAUUGCACUUAGGGACCCACAAGCUCUGGGUCAGCCUGAUUUAAUCAUAUCCGAUAUGCUUGGGGACGAAGCUACUGACUUCAACGGCUCAUGAGUGAGCUACUUUCUUCGCCAUAGUGAGUUGCCAGCCAAAAAAUUCAAAAUAUGGAUCUUCUGUCGACUCUAGGCAAAAGGAAAAGCUUGGAGCCCAGGGAGUAACUUCUGGUUUCACGCUGGAAAGUUUUCCUAUUGCACUAUAUAAGAUCUGCUGGGUUUCUCUUUUCAAACUCCGCGCCUUCUUUUCCCGCGAGGUAAAAUCCAACUCUAAAAAGGGACUAGGGCUGGCUCCACACACAAAUGGAAUUACUUGCUUAGCAAAGCUAUUCAUUUUUGAGUUGGAAAAACCUUGUCGGGUAUAAUUAAGAGGCUGCAUAGCCAGCAUGCCAUAUUUAACUAUAAAUUUAUGCAAACUCAAGAAUGGCUAUAGUAGAUCAGCAUUCUUUUGAAUUGAAUAUGAGACAUAUGUUGAUUGACAGAACUGGUGUUUUCAGUGCAAAAGUGGUUGACAAAUUCAUCGAAGUUUAUAAAUCGCAAUCAUUCCCUAUAGAAAAACUACUCGUUGCUUGGGAAGUUAAUUAUUGCAUACAUAGUAUUAAAGAUCUCGGCCUGGCAAGGAUAAAGUUUGCCAGGAUGACUGGUGCCAAGCAUAGCAUGGAUGGAGAAAUUCAAGAGUGAAGGAUAAAGAAAUCACUAGAUUGCAAUAUGCAAAAUUAUUCGAUAGAGUCUGAUUUUUUAUUUUAUUUAAUUGAUUAUGAGGAAGUCGAAAAAAAAGACGAAAAAUUAUGUUUAAGACUUUUGGCAUUGUGAAAUGAAAUUACAAGUAAAAAACCGAGGCUAAACAAACUGGAAAAUUCAGCUCAUAAAGUUUCGAAAUUAAUUGAGAAGCUUAGAAAUAAGUAUAUGUCUCUAAUUACUUAUAAGCAUGCGAAGGCAUAUGAAAUGUAUGGGACCUUUCUCACGAAUAUUUUAAACGAAAAUCAGUUCGGGAAUUUAAUUUUGAAUAAGAGAAACACAUUUAUUAACAAUGCUGAAAUUAGAACAAAAAAUGAAAGGAGGUUGAUGAAAUUUGACGAUGAAAAUGGGAUUCUUCUUAUUUCAGCAAGCAAGCAAGAUUUUGGGGAUAUUGCAUAUAUAAAUCAAAAGGCAGCAGAAGCGCUUGAAGAAAAUAUCCAUAGCGCUACAGGGAAUAAAAUAUGGCAAUAUAUUCCAAAACCAUAUCAAGAUCCUCAUCCAAAUUAUAUGAAAUCAUGAGUAGAAAAUUGUAAAUCAACAGACGUUCCAACCCCAAGUUCGUUGUUUUUCUUAAAUCAAAUGGGUUUUCUGUUAGAAUGCCAAGUUUUGGUCAGAUUAACUGCAUUUAAUGGGCAUCUUUACUUUAUGGCAACUCUCAAGCUCGUCCAAUCUCUCCGACAAGUUGCUCUUACAUCUGAAAAUGGUUACAUAUAUGCUCAUAGUUCGCAUUUUUUAGAAUAUCUCAGUGUGAAGAAAAAUUUAAGCCGUUGCCAAUGAAUUCAAGAGGUAAUUCCAGAUGUAAAUUUUGAAUCGAUGCAAAUUUACGAGCCAGAAAUAAUAUCACCAAGAGGAAUAGACAUCGCUGUUGUUCACUGUAUAAAAAACUAUUUAAAUUCAGAAAUUCAUUACGUUUUGCUUAUUACCGAUCCUAUAGAAAUCAAACAAUGAUGCAAAGGAUUAGACUAUAGCCAGCUCGAAUACUAUAAAAGACUAGAAACUUUUGCUGAAACAGAAAAUUUUAAUACAAGUAUGGAACUUUCCAAGGCUUCUAAAGAUCCUAUAGCAACAAAAAAAAGAGUCCAUUUAACCCAUGAAGAAACUACUGAGUUUUCUAAUACACUAGAGCUUUCAAGAAUUGAUGAAAUUGCUAAAAAGCGAAAAUUAAGUCACAUUGAUGAUAGAUCACUAACAGCUUCUAUUUUGCAAAGCAAUUCUUCUUCAGUAGCCAAAUGUAAUUACUAUCUUAGCCCGAGGAAAAUCAGUUAUCAUAAAAUCUGAAGAUUCGUUAAAGAAAUUCAAAUGAAUCUUAUUCAUUUCAGUAAAGCCUACAUAGAUGAUUGUAGUAAUCGCUACAAAUAUAGCAAUAUCACAAUUUAAAAUGGCAGUUAGGGCUAGGAUCACAGCCCUACAGCCCACUCAGUGAGAGAAUUUUACACCUUCUUGAGGGUUUUGGGAUCAAGAGAAGUGAGUCACACUUAGACUGGUGUGGGUAGAGAGGACUUGGGGACGUGGACAGUUUGAUGGUUAAGUCGGCCUUGCCUAACGUUAUUCAGAACUGUCAAUUCAAGCCAAGACCUCAAGAAUCUGGACUUGAAUAAGCAUAAUUUUAUCAACAUUAGCAUAUAGCAAUUUCUGUUUAUAUAUCGCAAGCUGUGUCCCAUUCAAAGUCCUUUAAUUCAUUUAAAGAUCUUGCUAUUAUUUUAUACCGUUUAGCUUCAUUUGCUGAAAUUUCACGCUCAAUUUAUUUCAGCAUUCAAUCAAAAAUCGACUUUGACAAAAAUGUUGCCUUGAUGAAUGAAGCUAUUGAUGAAAUGACAAUUUAUCAUCAAUCUUUAUUUGAUGAUUUGCAUGAAUGAAGCUAUUGCUCAAGUUCUGAUAUUGUGACAGAUAAUAUAAUGUCUGCAUGAACAGGAGAGAGUAAGCAAGAAAUUUAUUAUACUAAUUUGCUAGAUGAAAUACAAAAUAGCAUUAAUACUGUAUUUUUUACUUACUUCUCUACAUAAGAGAGAGCAAAACCCUGAAAAAAUUCUUUUUUUUUGAGGAAAUUGUAUUUAAGAGUAUCAAAUUAUUUAUAAAUAUAUUAAUGAUCAUUAUAAUGUGAUUUUAGGCUAAUUUUAUUAAAAUUGUAGAGAACUUGCAUUCGAAAACAUAAAUUUAUAAAUUAAAUUAGAUUUUUUCGAAUUCAUUUGCAAUUUGGAAUUUUGAAAAAUUUUUCUUAUUCAAUUUAAAAAUUUUUAAAAAAAAAUUUACUCAUCAGUGGGCAGUCGGGUUCAUUGCUAAAAAGAGUUAGGCAAAUCAACUAGUAAUAAAAGCAGCAAAACCUGAAAAUUUUGAUGAUGAAAUGAGGUAUUUAAUUUCUAAUGGGCUUGAAAAUAUAUACCAGAGGACUAAUUCGUCAUUAGGAGAACUUGUUGACUGCGAAAUGCAAAGGAUUUCUGAUAACUCUGAUAUUAUCACUAUUUUAUUAGUUGUAGGAUUAUGCGUUUCAGGAUUAUGCACUAUAGUGCUUAUUUAUUAUAUUUUCUCCAUUAGCAAUAAGUAUAACAUUUUAUGGAAUUUUAUCAAAAAAAUCACUCAUUUAUCUUAUUUUGAACUAAAAAGAUGCUGCUUAGAACGACUUUGCUCAGUUCACGGAAAUGAUUAUAAUCAAGAAGAAGUGGAUGCUGUAUACCGAAAUAAGCCACCAGAAGAUAAACUCACAUUUAAAGAAAAUUUAAAAUUUAUUCUUCGACUUUGCAUCUUUUUGCUUAUAACAACGCUUUAUUAUAUUUCAGUCCAUGCUAUAUUAUACGUUAAAUGUGAAGAACUUUUAAGAGAAAGACCUAGAUCCCCCUUUAAGAGAAGCAAAACUAUUGGAGAAAUCCUUUUUUUUUAAAGAAAUAAGUAUUUUAAUAGCAAGAAUUUUUUUGCAUAAAAUAUGCUGAUAUAUUUAUAAAUAUUAUUAUAAUGAAUCCUCCAGCUAAUUCUAUUAAAUUUCAGAAAGCUUGCAUUUAAAAGCUUACUUGUGUAAGUUGCUAACUAAUUAUAUUCGUAGAAGAGCUUUGGUGCCAAGAAUUGACUUUUGAGCAAGGGAAUCUGCUAUAUAUGAAACUUCUAUUGGAUUGAAAACAUUAUUUUCUGAAAGGAUUAUUUUUAAUAGCCCAGACACGAAUUUGAACGAAUCAAUCAGCUUAUUCAAAACAGCAAAUGCCCAGCUGAGAGACUUCAUGAACUAUAUGUCAAGCAGUCUUAAAUCGAAUCUUUAUGAGCACUCUGAGCAAAGUCUUGAGUAUGAUUAUGGAGCUGUAUGAGUAAAUAAUUUGCUAACUUUUGAUUCAUUUAGGUUAGAAAAUAUUGAAGGGGAUAGGAUGAAAGAUAUUAUGGAAUUAACUAGCCAAUAUGCGGUGAUGCAGCAAUAUAUGAAAACCAAUUUUGACAUUAUCAAUAAAUCUUCAGAAAAUAUGAUUUCAGAUGUAUUGGAUUGUUGCAAGUCUUUUAGCCGCGGCUUUUACCGGCAGUUUUUACUUCAUUACCAUUUGGUUGAAACUUUUUCCUCUUUAGUCGCUUCUUUGAGUAAAAUCGUUAUUUUCAAAUAAAUAUCUGACGAGGAAAAAGUUUCGACCAUAUAGCAUUGAGAAAGUGUCUUUUAAAAGAAAUGUCUAGGAAAAAACUUGAGGCAUAUUGGACUAUAUUAUUGACUUAGUUGUAGCAUAUACAAUAAUGUCAUUACUCUUGUAUUUAUUUUAUUAUUUGCCUUAUCUUUCUGGGGAAAUUAAAAGGCUCUAUAAGCUUCAAUUAAUUAUAGCAAUUAUUCCUAAAGCAUAA